AUGCUCUCAGCACACCAAUCUACUCCACCACCCACCAUCAACCCAGCCUCGACCACGACAAUCAAAAUGGAGGACAUUUCCAUGUCCUUUCCCCACUCAGCACCUCUCGCACCACCCGCAUCAAACCUAUCGCAAACGCCUCCGCCCAGCUCGUCUGAGUCCAAACCAGUCAAGAAGCGGAAGUCGUGGGGCCAGGUGCUCCCCGAGCCCAAGACGAGCCUCCCCCCUCGGAAGCGCGCCAAGACCGAAGAUGAGAAGGAGCAACGCCGCAUCGAGCGAGUCAAGCGCAACCGCUUGGCUGCCCAUAACUCUCGUGAGCGCAAGCGACAAGAAGUCGAGCUGCUCCUAGACGAGAAGAAGAGCCUCGAGCAGGAAUUGGCCGUCGCCCGUGAAGCCAUGAGGAAGAUGGCGGCCGAGCUCCGAUCCUUCAAGGAACUUCACCCCAAUGAUGACCCAACCCAAAGGUUCUCCAGCAGCACCCCGUCUGGCGAGGACUACGAGUCAGUCCUCCACUCCUCAGAAACCAUCUGCCCCCGCCAGACAUCCUUCCCCAGCCCAGUAUCAAUGGAUUCCCUUGACUCCCCUUCCCGCGAUGAGUCUUCCCAGCCUGAUACGCCCGGAUACACGGAGAGCGUUAGUACUGAGUUCGACCCGACACGAUAUCCUGCAGCGAUAUUGUGCGACCUGCUCGAGCCUACUGCCUUCGAUGAGAAGCCUAUGGACUUGCUUUUUGACUUCGAGUCAUUCCCAGACUCUAGCCUGGCUACUCAACCAGACGUUUUCUCUUCAACCGUUUUCCAAGACUUUUCCUCAUCAAAUCCCUACGGCCUUUCUGACCAGUUUGGAGCAAAGAAUUUCGACUUGCAGAAUGACUCGAGCGCUCUCGUUAGCGACGACGUUCUCGUAUUGGAAGUCUAG